CGUCCCAAAAGGAGAUAAGACCAAGAAAAAACAACAGUUGAGCCUUCAUGAUGUCGACAAACUUCUUUUACUACCGAUGUCCUUGUCCUUCGGCAGAUUGUAACGGGGCCAUCUGUAGAUAUCAAGACAUCGUAGCCGCGCCAGUUCAGAGCCAAUAUACGUCUCCAUCCUGCUCACUUUUCGCGCCCGAGAGGAAGCUUUUGACUUAUCCAACCACCACUAAGGAUGUAGCAAGCCCAACGGGGAAAUACGAGUCCAUAUCGACCCCGAUAACGAUCGCACGGGACAACUUUCGGUGGACGCCAUACCCAAGUCAAAGCAGGGUCACUCAAGAAAGUUCCUCACCGCCCAAAACAACCUCUGAGAGACCACAAAGUAGCACAUCUGCGCAUCAAGGAGGCCAGAAGACGACAAGCCGAAGGACACGCCGCGUUCGAACCGCUUUCACACCAUUUCAGCUUCUUUGCCUUGAGACAUCAUUCGAGAAGAACCACUACGUGGUGGGCUCCGAAAGGAAACAGCUGGCAUCAUACCUUAAGCUCAGUGAAACACAAGUAAAGGUGUGGUUCCAGAACAGAAGGACCAAAUGGAAAAGACAAGCUUUGGAGAACCGGGCGGACCUCAACAAAGAUCCUUUGACACCAUAAAGGAGUUGAAAAAACCUGGCCAGUUCAACCCUUUGACUUCCAAGUCAAGUAAUUCUCUCUUUAAGCUGCCAUAGUUUACUCUUUCUUUAAUUGAGAGAAUUCCAAGAUAAUCACACUUUAGAUGAUAAGUUUUUCUUGUCUCGUCUUUGCUGGAUAAUGUAUAGGUAUUGUAAGGAGAAGUAAAAUUGUAAUCAAUUUGAGGGUUUCUGUGGCUUGUCAUGGGAGUCAAUCAUCGCAGUCAGCUUGCAGUUAAAAAAAAGUGAUUUAACCCUUUAACUCCCAGAAGUGAUUGGCAUGUAACUUCUCCCUAUAAUAUCCAUACAUUAACCUGCACACAGGUAAUAAGAAUACUUAAACUAAUCAGGUGGAAGUUGUUAUCUUGGUCCAACACUAAAUUCUCUUAUCUAAUUUAUAAGGAGAUGUGUUGCAACGAGAGGGGAGAAUGAACAAUCAGAUUUUGGGACUGAAAAGGGUUAAGCACAAAUCAGUGCGAGUUUUUAUAUUCGAUUGUCCAGGGUCGACUAGCACAUUGAAAAGUUUAUUUUACGACCAACUUGAGUUUUCCGCAUAACUGUAACUAUGCCUGGCUAAGAUUCGCCUCACAAUGUACCUGUUUCACUGUGAAAAAUACUUUUUAAGAUAGAAAAAUGUAAAACACCACUCGCGUAUCAUUUAGCUACGUGUAAAAACCACUGUAAAACUGCGUCAUUUUGUAGAUAAGUUCUUCGUAUUUUCCCUUCCUUUUUUCGGAUAAAGGGGAAUACAACCGCUGUACAUAAUCUGCUCGGCUGCUCGAUCAUCACAAAUGUGGUCGAAU